AAGGCCUUUUCCUUGCCCCAACGUAUGCACGCACAGCUCUCUGACAUUCUCUCUCCACAGAAGCUUCUAAAAAGCCCAAUUGCUUGAUCUUCGGGAGUCAAGAUGACUCGCUUUUCUUGGUCGCGGCUGGUGAUGGUGGUCGUUUUGGCAGCAAGCGGCUCGGUGCGCAUCCAGGCGACGCCGGCCACGGUGGCAGAGUGCCCUGCUGGCUUUGGGUCCGAAACAAUGGUCCGACUAUUACCAUCUCAAAUUAACGAUGGAUACUGUGACUGUCCUACCACAGGGCAAGAUGAACCCAAAACGCAGGCCUGUUCGGGGCAAGACGCAUGGCCUGGACAACCGUAUGAGCCCGACUCCACGAAAAGUCACCGAGAUCCUCUAGUGUUCGUGUGUCCCAAUCAGAGCAACUUGUCUAUUCCGCCAUCUCGGGUCGACGAUGGCAUUUGCGAUUGUUGUGACGGUGCCGACGAGCGCCCCGGGACUUGCGAAGAUAAUUGUGAAUCCCUGAGACAAGCCGAACGCCAGGUUCGUCAAGUUUGGCAGGACGCGUAUACGGCUGGUUCGUCCCGCCGGGCGAUGGAAUUGACCACUUUUGCGAACGUCCGAGCGGAAACAUUGCACAAUCUAAGGCUGGCCGAGUCGGACGUCUAUUUUCUGGAGCAGGAGCAAUCACAAACCCAGCAGGAACUCGAAGAGGCCAAGAUCAAAGCUUGGAAGUCCCGCCAACACGUACAUAGCCUGGCACUCGCCAACCUCCUGACCGCAGAACCGGGUGCGCCGUUUAGAGGCAUGUUGUCCGUUUUGACCAAAUCAGAAUUGAUUUGGUUUAUCACGCACGCCUGCCAACUGGCAGGAGAAAUCUUGGACACCACAGAAUCGGUGGAUGGCGGAAAGACAUGUGUGCCACUGCGACUGGCUGGUUUGGAUGCCUCUUUACUCUGGCAAUCUAAAACGUACGACUUGGAACGGAUCCUUGAUGCCAACCAAGGGGACACCGAUGAAAGUGACCAGGCGCAAAACGAACAGUGGAGUCUUCUAGUGGAACUCUUAGAAUAUAAUAUGGCAAAUGAACCCAAGAUUUGGAAUCAAUCCACACUGCAACAAAUGCAGAAAACACGCCGUCGACUUAUGGAAGAAGACGCGGACUACGACUCCAUGGACUACCACGAUGAUUAUUUGGGUGCCGAUGAUGAUUAUGACUAUGCAGGGGAUGAUCUGGACUACGACUACGCCGAAACGGAAACGACGGACGAUCUACCGGCCCCGGAUGACGCUCCCACUGACGGCAAACGGGAGGAGUUGAUGUCCUUGAUACGAAGUCAGCCUUUUUCUCACGGGCGUGUGACGUUUUUCGACGAAUCUUCCAGUUUGCUAGAAAAGAUAAAGGCGAUUACAGAUGCCGAAGAGCAAGACGACAAGGAAGUGGAUGAGGAAGUAUCAGACAGCGUACCACCAUCUUUGGAUCCAAUGGCAUUGCCCAUGGUCCGCAGUCAACUCGAACAGCGCCAACGUCGCGUUCAACGUGGUUUUAGUUAUGCUGUGUCGGCGCAAGCUCUUUUGGAGGGUCUCGAGCGGUACGCAUACGCUUCAGAGGAGGAUGAGGUACUAGAUUUGUACAGUCUGGCCAUGGGUGUCAUCAACCAUGGCCAACUCUCCACCACGCACGUCUGGCAAAUUCUCCUUGGCAUCAUACCUGAACUGGUCGUCGAAAACGCGAUGCAAACCUGCGUGUCUGCUUUGGCUUCCUCCUGUCCACCGCGGAGUGUGUACAGAUCCAUCGGUGAAGCAUCAGUUCCUAUUCCUGCACCACUGCUUUUGGAAGCAGGGGAGGCCUUUUGCACAAUGCACGCAACCCCCAAUGAGAUGGAGGACGUAUGUGUAGACUCUAGCAUUGGUACAACUGAUAUUCCUUCUUCCGUCCCCGAUGGUCUGCUCGGAUAUUUCGAAACCAAACCCCGCGAUGACAGCGACGCUUUCAGUCACCUUUUUAUGAAUCUUUCCUUGAAUGGCGGCACGGAAACUUGGAAGAAAAUUGAAGCACUGCAGGAACGCCUAAGGAAAACACAAGAAGAUAAGAAGGACACCGAGGCUCGCAUGGGAAAUAUGGAAGACUCAAUUGGAGGCAAGGAUGGACCAGGCACUACACUUGGAGUAGAUGGAGAACUAUUUGCACUGAAAGACCAAUGCUUCAACGUCGAAGCUGGAAAAUACAUUUACGAGAUUUGUAUUUUUGGUUCGGCGGCCCAAAAGGAAAAAACCGGCGGGAGUACUAGUUUAGGUGAAUGGAUUGGUGUAGACAUCGAAGCGGAAACGGGUCGGAGGGUGUGGAAGUGGGGGAACGGUGCCAAGUGCUGGAACGGCCCUCAACGAUCCGUCACGGCCUUUGUUACCUGUGGCUCCGAGACAAAAGUUCUUUCGGCGGGAGAACCUGAUACUUGUCGCUACGAAGUUGAAGUAGAAAGUCAUAUCGCGUGUGACGAAUCAUAUCGGAUGCGAUACGGCUUAGAGUAG